GCACAAUCUUUGACAAAUACAUGACAUUUGGAUUGACAUAUUUAUUUGUUGAACGUCGAUAAAAUGUUUGGCGCUAUUAUUUAUUUACUGUGAAACAAUUUGUAAUAUUUAUAAAUCGCCUCAUUAUUGAAAACGAGAAAAAUGCCGGCGUUUCUUAAAUACAUUGAUAUGGAAAACUUCAAGUCCUACCGGGGACACCACCGGAUAGGACCACUGAAGUCUUUCACUGCCGUUGUAGGACCCAAUGGUUCAGGGAAGUCAAACUUCAUGGACGCAGUGAGUUUUGUGAUGGGUGAGAAAACAUCUCUCCUGCGUGUGAAGAGGCUAAGCGAUCUCAUCCACGGUGCUUCUAUAAAUAAACCAGUUUCUAGGAGUGCAUCAGUAACAGCUACAUUUGUGCUGGAAGACAUGACGGAGAAGCAGUUCCAGAGGUCGGUCAUUGGACAGUCAUCAGAACACAAGAUAGAUGGACAUUCUGUGUCAGUGAGCAACUACCUGUCAGAGUUGGAGAAGUUGGGCAUCAAUGUGAAGGCCAAGAACUUCCUUGUGUUCCAAGGAGCUGUUGAAAGCAUUGCUAUGAAGAACCCUAAAGAGAGAACUGCACUUUUUGAGGAGAUCAGUGGAUCGGGUGUUCUAAAAGAACAGUACGAAGCGUGUCGCGCUGAAGUGAACCGCGCAGACGAGGAGGCGCAGUUCUCCUACCAGAAGAAGAAAGGAGUCGCCGCAGAGAGGAAGGAGGCCAAAUUCGAGAAGGAAGAGGCUGAGAAAUACACUAGACUUAAACAGGAGUUGCAAGAACAAAAAGUCGAGCUGCAGCUGUUCCAUUUGUACCACAACGAGAAGGACAUCCAGUCGCUGGAAGAGGAUUUGCAGCACAAGCAGCAGGAGCUGUCCAAAGUGGAGAAGAAGCGGCAAAAAGCAGAGGAGGCACUCAAAGAGAAGAAGAAGGAAUCAGGCACCAUGCAGCGAGAACUCGCUAAGAUUGAACAGGAUAUUCGAGAAGUGGAAGCAGAGAUUUCCAAAAAGCGACCAACAUUCAUCAAAGCCAAAGAGCGCGUCACACACACACAAAAGAAGCUGGAGAGUGCUCAGAAGACCCUGGAGCAGGCGCGCAAGGCUCACGAGGCUCAUCAGGCUGACAUCAAGAAGUUGGAAGAUGAACUCAAGCAGAUUGAAGAGCAGAAGGCGACGUGGGAACAGUCCUCUGGGACAGGGCACAGUGGAAGGGCUGAUGUGCAUUUGGAAGAGGCGCAGAUCCGCGAGUACGAGGAGCUGAAGAUGGAGGCGUCGCGUCAGGCAGCGCGGUAUCUGCAGGAGUUGGACUCCGUCAACCGUGAGCAGAAGGCUGAUCAGGAUCGGCUCGACAAUGAGAUGCGCAAGAAAGGCGAGCUUGAGAAUAAACACAGGCAGAAGGGCCACGAGCGGAACGAGGCGAUGAAGCGCGUGGACAAGCUCAACGAACACAUCAAGAGCUCCGAGCAGGCCCUCGAGGAGCAGAGGAGGCUCCGCGCCGAGCUGCAGGCGGACGUGGGCGAGUCGCGCGGGCGCGCCGCGUCGCUGCAGGCGCAGCUGGAGGAGGUGGCGGCGCAGCUCGGCGACGCGCGCGUCGACAAGCACGAGGAGGCGCGCCGCCGCAAGAAGCAGGAGAUCGUCGAGAGCUUCAAGCGCGACAUCCCCGGCGUCUACGACCGCAUGAUCAACAUGUGCCAGCCGACGCACAAGCGGUACAACGUGGCCAUCACUAAGGUACUCGGCAAGUACAUGGAGGCCAUCGUCGUCGACACAGAGAAGACUGCACGGCGAUGCAUUCAGGUAUUAAAAGAGAGGAUGUUGGAGCCAGAGACAUUCCUGCCGCUGGACUACAUACAGGCGAAACCGCUUCGAGAGAGGCUGAGGGACAUCAAAGAACCAAAGAACGUGAAGUUGCUAUUCGACGUGCUCCGGUUCGAGCCGGCGGCCAUCCACCGCGCCGUGCUGUUCGUCACCAACAACGCGCUCGUGUGCGAGACGCCUGAGGACGCCUCGCGCGUCGCCUACGACCUCGACCGCAGCAAGAACAGCAGAUACGACGCAUUAGCCCUGGACGGCACGUUCUACCAGAAGUCUGGCAUCAUCUCGGGAGGCUCGCUCGACCUGGCGCGCAAGGCCAAGCGCUGGGACGAGAAACACCUCUCGCAACUCAAGUCUAAGAAGGAGAAACUAACAGAGGAGCUCCGCGAGUCAAUGAAGAAGUCUCGCAAGGAGUCGGAGCUGACCACCGUGGACUCGCAGAUCCGCGGACUCGAGUCCAGACUCAAGUACGCCAUCACGGACAGGGACACAACCUUGAAACAAAUAAAAGCACUGGACGCGGAGAUAGCUGAGUUGGAGAGAAAAAUGGAGACUUUCGGGCCGCAAGUGGAGGACAUCGAGCGCACCAUCCGCGCCCGCGACGCCAAGAUACAGGAGGUCAAGGAGAACAUGAACAACGUCGAGGACGUCGUGUUCCGCGGCUUCUGCAGGGACAUCGGCGUCGCCAACAUCCGCCAGUACGAGGAGCGCGAGCUGCGCGCCCAGCAGGAGCGCGCCAAGCGCCGCAUGGAGUUCGACGCACACAUCGACCGCGUCGCCUCCAACCUCGAGUUCGAGCGCAGCCGCGACACGCAGAAGAACGUCACGCGCUGGGAGCGCGCCGUGCAGGACGCCGAGGACGAGCUCGAGGGCGGGCGCCAGGCCGAGGCCAAGCAGCGCCACGACAUCGACCACGAGCUGCGCCGCGCCGACAAGCUCAAGGCCGACCGCGCCGCGCACCGCGCCGAGAUGGACAAGGCCGACGCCUCGCUCGACAAGGCUCGCAAAGACCUAUCGAGCAUCCAAAAAGACAUCCAAGCCGUACAGAAACAGAUCUCUAGCAUCGAGUCGCGCAUCGAGAGCAGGCGCAGCGACAGACACAACAUACUGAGGCAGUGCAAGAUCGAUGACAUAAUCAUUCCGUUGCUAGAAGGUAGUCUCGAUGACACGGCUGAUACGGAAUCGGAACAAUCCUCUCUGUCCACCACGCAACAGUACCGACGGGAGUCAAGAAUACGCGUAGACUACAGCUUACUCUCUGAAAACCUGAAAGACCUCGACGAGCCGGACGAGAUCAAGCGCAAGGCGGACAAGCUGCAGAAGGCGAUCAACUCGCUGCAGAACACCGUGGACAAGAUCCAGGCGCCCAACAUGCGCGCCAUGCAGAAACUCAACGAAGUCAGGGAGAAGGUCAACGCCACCAACGAGGCGUUCGUCGCGGCCAGGAAGAGGGCUCAUAAGGCCAAACUGGCUUUUGAAAAGGUGAAGAAAGAACGUCACGACAAGUUCAUGGACUGCUUCGAACACGUCGCCAACGAGAUUGACGCCAUUUAUAAGGCGCUGGCUAUGAACCAGUCAGCGCAAGCGUUCCUGGGCCCGGAGAACCCCGAAGAACCAUACUUGGACGGCAUCAACUACAACUGCGUGGCGCCCGGCAAGCGGUUCCAGCCGAUGUCCAACCUCUCUGGAGGGGAGAAGACAGUCGCAGCGCUAGCGUUACUGUUUGCGAUACACAGUUAUCAGCCAGCGCCGUUUUUCUUGCUGGAUGAGAUCGACGCGGCGCUGGACAACACCAACAUCGGCAAGGUGGCCUCCUACAUUCGCUCCAAGAAGGGCAGUCUGCAGACCAUCGUCAUCUCGCUCAAGGAGGAGUUCUACGGGUGUGCUGACGCGCUUAUCGGCAUCUGUUCGGAGCCUGCGGACUGCCUUGUGAGUGACGUCAUCACCCUCAGCCUAGAGAACUACAACGACUAAUCUCAUUCCCAUAUUAUAGGCUCGUGUUCAGGGACGAUACAUUUUAUAUUGAUUUACUUCAUUAUAGUUAAGAUUAUAUGACAUAAUUAUAGGAUAAUA